AUGAUGGAGUUCGAAUCUUCUAUCUUGUUCUUCGCCAUGGUUUAUCGAUUUAUUGCAUAUUCAAGAGCAUCAGCUAUUAGAAAGAAACAGAUCAUGGCAAAGCGAGCUUUUCUUUUGGCCAGAGCACGAAGAAACCGUUUCCUUUUAUCAACGAACAGCUGUCAUGCUUUUUGGGUUUUAAAAGAAGCAAAUUUGCUUCGAACAGCAAAGCGGGUUUGGUCUAUUGAAAAGCCUCAGCAAUGGUUCGAUAGACUAUGGGAUAAUGAAGAGUUUGAUACCCUCGAUGACUAUUGGAAACAAGAGUUCAGAUUUUCUAAGCGUUCAUUCAAUGAUAUUUUGAAAAUUGUUGCUGGCGAUAUGGAAAAAAUCGACACUAAGUUUAGAAAGGCGAUUCCGAUCCAAAAACGUGUAGCCAUUGCGCUAUGGAGACUUUCGACAGGAAACAGUUUUAGAUCAACUGCUGCUGUUUUUGGUGAUGGGAACUCUAGGGCAGUCGAUAUAACCAAACAAUUUUGCAAAUUUAUUGCGAAACGAUCAAGCAAUUUUAUAAAGUUUCCAAGAAAUGAGAGAGAAACUUCUAUAGCUUGGGAAAAAUUUUCAGAGAUUUGUAAAAUCCCCCAAGUUAUAGGAGCCAUUGACGCCACACAUUCGCCUAUUGACUACUUUUGCAGAGAGCAAAAGUUCACAAUAAAUACGCAAGCUGUAGUGGAUGGAAAAUUGAAAUUUAUAGAUAUAUCAACUGGUUUUCCAGGCAGUAUUCACGAUGCAAGGGUUUUACGUGAAAAUUCAAUUUAUCAUACAGCUGAAAGGGGCGAUAUUUUGAAUAAUCCACUCGCAUACAUAGAGAACCAGCCAGUUAAACCGUUCAUUAUUGGCGAUGGGGCAUAUCCACUGAGCAGUUGGCUUUUAAAACCGUACCCUGACAAUGGAGCAUUGACCAGAUCGGAAAUAAAAUACAACAAAACUCUUUCUUCUGCCAGAUCUGUUGUGGAGAGAGCGUUUGGGGUUUUGAAAGCGCGUUGGAGAUGCCUAUUAAAAAUGCUUGAUAAUAAAACCAGCAACGUUGUAGAGGUUCUAAUAACUUGUUGUGUCCUUCACAAUAUAUGUGAAGAUAACGGAGAUGAAGUGGAAGACGAAGAAUUUAUUGCGCGUGUUAUUGAACGCGAACAACAAGGCAUGGUAGCAAUUAACGAAGAUGCUGCUGAAAACAAUGGUGCAAAUCUUCGGACAUUGAUAAAAAACUUUCUAAGAAACAACUGAAUUCAAAAGAACUAUAUCUAAGGGAGCAGUCAUAAAUUAUUGCAGGGACCGGGGUGGAAGCAAAUGAGGAGGUAUCUGAAAAUUUCUAAUAUAAUUUUUUGGGGUCUGAAAUUUUAAGAAGGCUUCAGGCAGGGGUCUGAAAAUAAACAAACUAAAUUUUUAUUUCUUUGGAAAUAUUUUUUAAAAUAUUAGGGGGCAAUUGCACCCCUUACCUCCCAUGUGUUUGCCACUGGUAGAUUCCAGCUUGACUAUCUAUCAGUUUCUCUUGAAGAAGUUUGUAGAUGUAGUUUUAUUAUUCAUUAGCUUAUUCAUCAGCUUAAAAUUAUGCUUUUAUGAUGUAGUAUUGUUACUAUUACCAGUAAAGUUUUUUCCGUCAGGGGUCAGAAAGGUUUUGGCAAAAAUUAGAUGGGGCUUGAUAUUUUCAAGACCAGGAUGCAGGGGUCUAAAUUUUUUUGCUAAUAUCAUCAAAAUGCUUCCAACCCCUCCCUGCUUUUAAUAACGACUGCUCCCUAACAUAAAUAUAAUCAUGAAAAUUAAGUAUAAGUUUAAAUAUAUGGCAAUGUAGUAAACAUUACUUUUUAGCCAAAAGAGUUGCCAACUGCAUAAAAAAUUCUAUCUCGUUCCUUUUCUCCAAUCGCUGCUUUUCUCUGCUGUUCUUCCAGCUGCAUCAAAAACUCUCUAUUCCUCUGAUCUGAUUCCCUCAAUGCCUCCAUCUGCCUUUCUUGCAUCUCCAGAAACUUAUUUUUGAAGUUCUCUUUGACUUUUUUUGCUUUUUUCCCACUUUUUCUGGUAGAGCUCAUUCCUUUUUUCCUCUUUUUGUUACCAUUGCUAUCAGCAUCAUCAUCUUCAUCCUCAUCGUGAACAUCAUCAUCAUCAUAAUCAUCAUCAUGUCUAUCGCCAUAUCCAUUGUCUUCUUUAUUACCCUCCUCUUCCAAUUCCACAGCCUCUACCCCUUUUUCUACCACACUUCUAUCUUCACAAGAGUUAUCCUCCUCGACAGCUACCCCAACUUCUCUUACCAAAUCCAAUUCAACGAUUGGCCUGCAUGACAAAACUUCAUCAAAAUCCUCAAAGAAUGGAGGAAAAUCUGGAGCAGCGCCACUCUUUCUAUUGUUCUCCUUUGCUUUUUUGUAGCCGUCUUUUAAAUUUGAAAGUUUUUUCUUGGCUUGCUCGACAGUUUUUUUCGGUCCAUUUUUAUUUACAUUAUUUAUAAUUUUUAACCAUGCCUGUCUAUUGCGACUGCUUUCCAGCUCUGUGACAUUAUCCUUCCACUCUUUGAUAAGGCUUCUUGUUUCCUUCUCGGACCAGCGACAAUUUUUAACUUCUUUCUCCUUUUUUCCUUUGCUUGAAUCGAGCGCAUCCUCUGGAUUCAGUGCCAUACGUGCAUUCUGAUAACGUUAAAAUUCCAUUUGCUGCGAAUACAUUUGGUACUGAAACGACUGUGGUGGAUAGUUGUUUUCACGAGAACUGCCUGGAAAACUGUAAGGGUACGACAUGCUUGUACAGUACUUUUGAUUUUGGUUCUUCGAUUUGUUCAGUGAAAGUACGUUAAUGAAAAAAAAAUUUUCGUUGUGUGUAUUUCAUUUCAUGCCAACCCCAAGGAAACAUCAGAAGUAGGAAACAGAACAGCAGGGAUUUAUUUAUUUAGAACGCUUAACAAGUAUUUAGAUUGGUUUUGGGAAGCUACCAAGCAUCCUAAAGGAUUAGAGAGAUUUUCUUUGAGAAUCCUAAAAGCCGGCCAAAUUCCAGAAAUAUUUAGCAAGGAGAUUAGCAUGACACCUUUAAAGAAAGCAUGCUUAAAAACCUAGUGUGACCGCAGCCCAAUAAACAUAAGAAGUUAGAAAACCAUUUUUCGUUGUGUAAUUGCAAAGGAAUUCAGAAAUAUUGGGGUUUUAUUCCACACCCCUCGCGAUGCAGUACUGCGUUUUAAGGGUGGACUGGGAAUGAGCCUUAGCUACAUCAUACCAGGAACCCAUAUUGGAAUCGUAUCUGGAAGAAGACCAGGUCUGUGCGUACUUUGCUCAAUCUUUCCAAUAUUUUACCAUGUCUUCUUCCGAAAGCGAUGUGUCUAAUGCGAAUGGUAGUUAUGAUUAUGAGUCUGAAGUGAAUUAUGCUAUAGAGGUUGAGGGAAACGAGGAAAUAGGUGCCGCCGUGGCUGCUGAUGUCGAUUCAAGUACGGACGAUGAUAAUGGCCUACUCGAAUAUGAUCCUGUUGCGGACGAAGAGUACGUUCAAAAUUAUGAAAGGGCUAUUCAGGAAAAUCGAGAAGAAGAAAGCAUCUUAUCAAGACGUUUUGAAGGCAUUGAACAACUGGACACUUGGUGAAUUUUUAGUCAAAGACUUUCUACCUCUAGAGACUGUAUUUCUACAAACCUGAAUAAAUAGGCACAGACCAAAGUAAUGACGAUAUAGAGUCGCGUCGCCCCUUAUGGAACGAUUUCAGUAAAAAUUGUUUCCUCAGCUUUUUGGUAAGCUUUUAAAGUGCACAAUGGAGAAAAACGGGGAAUUAUUAUUUGCCUUCUUUCCUUCUACCUUUAUUAUUCGUCAGUAUCAAAUCAGAUUUUCGUUGAGCCAUUUGUUUUCAAAUUCAGGGUAAAGAAAAGAAAGUUAUCCCCCAGUUUGGUUAUCUUACUUGAAUGAGACUUUAUCACAUGUCACACGUUCAUCAACUCAUGAAUUGUUGAGAAACACAACAGGAAGCCCACCGUUCCAUCAAAGAAGCCACUAGGCCAAUGAAAGUGCUCCUGAUAAAAAAUCCCGGUGAAUGAAAAUUGUGCAAGCUAUUGUUUGGGUUUCAACGAAUAUUCGUUUUUGGGAGAUGAAGAAACACGUUGUGGGGGUUGGUUUUGUUUGAGCUAAAAAGACCAAGAAAGUUGAGGUUCAGGAAAUAAAGAAGGGUCGAAGGUCUAAUGACAACUUUUUCGUUUACAUACCGCUUACUUUUAAAAUAUUCUCCUAGCUUUUAAGAACAAAAUGAGUUCAAGUAAUUAGCCAAUAAUUAGCAAAGAGUUCAAGUAAUGUCGUCAGCAAAAUAAUUUCGCGUGUUUUUUGAAGAUAAACCAAACUAAACUCCUUCAUAUUUAGUUUUAUCACUGCACAGUCAGAAUUCAUGAAAAAAUUGAAUUGUUCCAUAAGGGGUGAUGUCACUCUAUUCGAAUGUGGGCAUGAGUGUUUUUCCAUCUCAUAUUAAUGUAUUUAGGAAUCUAAUUAAGUUGAAUAUAUGAGUCGUUGGCAUCUUAGGGCUUAUUUUUCAUUUAUUCUACAUUCGAGCCUUAAAUACUUGAUUACUGAAAUACGAGGUGCAAAUUUAACCAAUUUACACCAAAAUCAAAGUAUUUAUCGAAAACUAUAACCUCAAAUAACAAACUGGUUGAAGGGGCCCCCUGAAAAGUAAAACUUGUGGGUCUUUGAUUGAGCCAUAUUCCCCUUUUGUACGUAAUUUACAAAAUCCAAAAGUGAAUACCUAGAGAUAUAGUAAUAUAAAUGUUUAUGUUAAAUAGUUACGGAUAACUGCCUCAGAUCUAUAAGGAUUAUGCCUUUUUCUUUAGGUGCAAAUGUGGAAACUGUGCUAUAGACAGACUUGCAAAUGCCAGAGAAUGCAAAUGCUGCACUGAAAUUAAAGGUUCUAUGUUAUCAUUGACAACUGUUGAAGUAAGGCAAGAUAUUGGCGAACAGACUCCAACAUGUGUGUUUGAGGACCCUGGGUUUAAACCAGUGGUCCUUAGGGGUGAUAGCACAGGGCUUUAAAAAACGACAAAACAAGAUACAAGCUUACUGGAUUUGAAAAUAAGUAAGUGCAUUGUUUUCAACAACAAAUUGCACUUUCACAAGUAUACGUAUCCAAAGUUAACAGAGUAUUAUAUACAGUUAACACAUUUUCUAUAAUCCUUAAGGCUAAAGUUGUUGGGGGUACCAUAGAUUUUUUUCCUUUCUUUAAAUUAAAUCUAAUGUGUGAUGGUUUUUUAUAAGGUUCAAUAUAUUUCAUUGUGUUGUGAGUUUUCAUUACAAAAUAAACAUCAUUCAGUGUUAUCUUUUUCCUUCAGGUUCCUACGAAGUAUCUCAUACAGAUCCUUCACGAGGUUGAUACGCGGUCGCCUUGGAAACAAAAGAAUUCCCUUGCCGGCCUGUGCAUAUAAUGCAAUUUGACAAGAAUUUCCAGUUUUGGCAGGAAAUGCAAAGGGGUUUGAGAGUAAUAGUUCAGAGUAAAUCUAAGUUUCCAAAAGUAAAUUCUUCUCCCUGAUACUUUAAUACCUUUCUCAACCAUACAAUUUUAAUGUUAUUUAUUGGUUGGACAGUCGACUUUCUUGUGUCCUUUCAUCGGAUGCUUACACACAGAGCAUUGAGGCUUUGAUCUUUGCUUUGUUGCAGUUUGUACAAUUUGGUUAACUGUCAUGAAAAAGAAGAAGUUUCUCAAUGCUAAGAGGUACAUUGUAUGUAUCUGAUUGUAUGUAUGUAACAUAUUUUUGCUCUGCAAAUCAGGAUUAUAUAGCGUGGAUUAAGAAAGAUGCUUUUAUUAUUAUAAUAUGACUUUAACCGAGGAUAUGUUUGAUCAAUGGGUUAUGAAACAAUUGCUGACCUGUCAUUGUUGGCGGUACAUCAGUAGCAACUAAUGAUUGACUCAUUCACGUACAUCAGUACCAACUUUCAACAUCCUUUAACUCAUUUACUGCAUCCUGUAACAUUGUUGGUGACUUGAUGCCAUCAAGAAUGGUCUGAUAAAUGUCUUCCACCUAAUUUGGCGAUAUAAUUCAGUAAGAUAUUCCUUAAUACAGAAUGCGAGAAUCCUUAAUUCUGAUCCUCAAAUUUCCUGGAUUGUCUAUUGCCAUUUGUUUUUAUUUAAUUCAAAAUUAUAACCUUAACUGCAGCAGGGCUGUAUUAGAUUUUUUAUUGAGUCAAAGUGAAAUUCUGUAAAAGCAAAUGUGUAAUUAGAAAACUUUCAGAAAAUUAAGUUUAAUGUUAAUUGAGAAUUUAAAAAAGGAAUUCUUACCAAAAUUUUGUGCCACUGGAACAUCACAUACUGUUGCGGUACCAUUUUUGAAUUUUGGGUAGGCUACUUUAAUCUGCACAGACCCAUUCUUCUUUCUUUAUACAUCACGGUUGACAUUAUAAUUGAAAUGUAUUGCAGCUAGAGCAUGCCUGGAAUUAUCCAAUUUUGAUAUUUUAAAGUAUAUACAAAGUUAUUUGAAGUUUUUAUUUACACCUCAUGAAGCUAAUAUAAAUUUUUUUCAAAUCUCUAAAUAUUUGUAAAGAAACCUUUUGAUUUCAGGGAUUCUGAAUCUUUAUCAAAACUGACUUGUAUAUUAAUUUGUUACCUGCAGUAAAUUCCAACAUAUGAAUAACAAAUCAUCUUUGGUGCAAAUUGGUUGACUACAGAAUGAAAACCUUCCAAACAGCUAGUCUGCGCAUCAUUUGAAAGCUUCUUUAUGCCUUUUAGGGAUCCUGGCUUUGUCGGGGCAUUGCAGACUUUUUCGUAUGCAUCAGAAUCUGCAGUUAAAUGACAUGUUGAUAAAAUGACAGAUAGGUGUAAGAUUUGCAUUAGUACUGUACAUUGAAUGAGCUUCUACUUUCGAAUGAUUAAAAAUUUAGCAAUUUUCAUAACUAACCUUUUAACAACCAUUUGCGCUUUGUUAAAUCUGGACGAUGACUGCAACUACUGAAUAAUGGGUCGGGUAGAUUCUCGUGCUUAUUUAGUAUGUGGCUUAAAAACGCUUUGUACUUGGCAAGUAUCACAUCACCAUUCCCAUCCAUGGUUGUUGUGGCACUCCAAUACACAUGAUUAACCCAUGAUCGUAUCCACUCGUUGAUGACUUCACAACCCUUUUCUUUGCCAAGUUUUGUUAACAUUUUAUUCACUUCUGAAGUCAAAAAUAAAAAAUUAGAAGAUUUGCAAUUGUGCUAAUAAUGGUAAGAUUUGCAAUUGUGCUAAUAAUGGAAGGAAGUUGUGAAUAAUAAUAAACAAAAAAGAAAACACUCUUUGAAAACGUUUGCAAGGCAAUUAUACGAAGAAAGCUGUUAAACAUACUUUUUGCAACAUGCCAGAUGUCAUAACGAUGAAUUAUUUCUGGAUGGUUCUCUUGUAUAAAGCUUGAUAUAACUAUGUGGCGAUCUGAGACAAAUUUGGAAAUUGGGACAUCUAUCAGUAAAGCCUCUAGACAGAGUUUGAAUCCAUAUAAUUCCAUAGCACUGCUGCUACCAGCUUGAUUUCUCUGGAAUGUAAAUUAUGUACAAAGUACUAGUACUAGUGCCCAGUCAAAGAGUAAAAAAUUCCAUGAAUGGGGACUGGGCAUUAGUACCCCUUUCUAAAAAUAGAACAGGGGGCAUGUUUGAGAAUUUUUCAAAUUUUAAUCGUUUUCUGCACAUGAAAUUAUCUGUACCUACCAGAUUUUCUGUUGCUAUGUGUUUCUGGACGAUAGAUAAACGUUGAAUCUUCUAAGGGGACUGGGCACGAGAACCCCCAUCUAAAAAAAGGGGAUGGAGGCAAUUUUCCGGAUGGGUCCAACUCUCAUCUUUUUCAGCGUGAGAGUGUCUAUGUCUGCCAAAUUUCAUGCUUUUAUCACAAUUUGCACGGUGCAUUGUAUCACCCGCUGCACUACUACCUAUGUGCCCUCUUUGUAAUUUUGUGUGAUCCACUUAACAUUUUGCGUGAAACUUAUAGUUAAAAAUGAACCCUAUACUGUAGCACAUUUCUACAAGGAUGACGUUUUUAGUCAUAAAAUAAAGAGAGACUACUACUUAACCAGUUUUUUUGGUUCAAAAUAUAACAAAAUCAAUUUCCAAGUAGGGAAAUUAACUCAUUUUAGAUUCAACAGAAUUAGCUUCAAAUAGCAAAUUUGAUUAAUAUUUUGACAUUUUUACCCUUUGGUGUUUGAAGAAAGUUGUGAACGAGAUUGUGCAAAGAUUCAUGUGAUUGAAAAUCUGUCUGACUUUGAGAUUGAGCCCCCAAGCUAACAAUGUUGACAUACAGAGCAGGAAGUUGCUGGCAGGUAUGUUAGUUCCAGUCAUUUUCGGUUGACUUCUCCAAAGAUAUUCUUUCAGACAUGCUGGGUUAAUACAGUGGCUCCUAACAAUCAGCAUUGUUCCACAUUUAGUUGCUUUAAUGUUAGGGUUGUCACUCUUGCAGAAAUGACAGAACUUGAAGAGCAACAAGAUUUGAACCAAAAAUGAGAUGAAUUUUGGUUCUGUCCGGAGGUUUCCAUCUGUAGCUAAGAACCUGUGUUUCAGAAUGAAGUAAAUUUUAAACAUAUGCAUAACUUGACUAAACAAUUUGAAAGAUAUGUUUUCUUUGCUAAUUAUCUAUCUGCAAAACUGCAUAGAAUAGUAAUGUUUAAAACAAGAAACACUGCAAUGUGCAGAUAAUAAACAACAAUGAAACACAAGUGGAUUAAAGAUAGGUAAUCUUUUACCUCAGCAUAUGGGGCUUCAUCAGAGCAAAAGUAAUGGCAUAGUAAUGUCUGCGACAACUAAACCAGAUUUUAAAUUGGUGGGUAGUAUACAAUCAUAUUUAACAUGUAAAUGGUACUGAUUAAUUUACCUAGAAGCCUCUUCUGUGUCACUUUCUACAUCGCUUUCUGUGUCUGAAGGAUCAGAUGGUUCAUAAGUUGACAUUUCCUCAUCCUAACAAUCAAAAUCAUGCUCCUCCAAUGAUUCAUUAUCACUUUCCUCAGAACUAUCAGCUUCAUUUGGAAGAUCACCGGACAUAAUUUUUGUAGAAUCACUCUUUUUAGGUGACCUCUUUGUUUUCCUUACUUUCCCUGAAAUCAAUGUUUCACCACAAUAAAAAUGGCUGGAUUCAAGUGAUGAUCCAUCCUUAGUAUGAAAUAGGCAUCACUUCCAAAAUAGGCUUUUCAGUGCUCUUUGUGCAAUUUUAUGAUAUUAUGUUUGCACUCUUCUUUGCAAGGUUGCUACCUCAAUUAAGGCUAUAAUGGUAGCACUUUAGUGGAGGGGCAAAGCCCUGUUCAGAUCUUUUCAGGAGAGAGGGAGUUGGUAUACCUGGACUUUGGACAUUUUUUCCACAGCUUUUGUCACAGAGAGAAAAGUGAAACAGAAGCCUUGAAAUUUAAAGGGCCAAAUUAACUGAAAAGCUUUGUAGAAGGAUUUAAGCCAUUUAGAAGCCAUUUAGAAUGCAAAAACUUCUGGAUCAAACAGAAUCAAUUGCACAUUCGGGAAAUAAUUAGGAAAAACAAAAACCUACAUUGUAGUAAAAAAUUUUGUGAUAAAAUUAUUCUUACCAUAACACCAAAACUGGAUUUUCUUUCAGUCUUCCCUCUAUCCCUAGACCUCCCUCCCUAUUGAAGGGUUUGACUGGUGCAGUUUCCUGUUUCAAGUUUGUUUAGCAAAAAUGCCCACCUAUUUUUUAAAGUUUCUUCAAAGAUAAAAACUGAAUUUGAAAGUGGACGUGUCCAUCAUUUUUUAGUCACCUUAAGGUUGUGACACAAAUCCAAUCAUAAUCUAACAACCCACUUCUUGCCAUUUAAAUCCGCCCAUGCUUCUUAGGCUUCCUCCCAGACCCCCCCCCCCGCAUUUUUCCUAUUUUAUUUACCCUGGUAAUUAUGGAAUGUUAACAAAAAUUUAUUUACAAAUUUGAAAAAAAAUAUUUUUCCUGGCUGAUUAUGGCUAAACUGGGUUCUUGAAGGCUACUUCUUUUAUAGCAUUCAAUAACGUUUAUUUCUCCGAAAGAAUGUGUGACUUAAAAACGUGUCAGUUCUUUUCUUAUCCUUUAUAAAACCUUACUAUGAUAAAAUUUGAAUUUUUUCUUGCUCAAUAUAUAAAAAUUUCUGACACGGUGAUGCCACACCCACCCUUCUCUGACGUCAUUGAUUUCUAUACAUACAUAGUACAUUUGUUUGAACUAACUUGUCAAUUUUUGAUUUUUCAGUCUUUGUUUUGAUAACAGUACCCUUACCUUUUGAUGUUGUUGUACCUAGAAAAUAAUUAGGUGCAAGAGUUACAGGAGGGACGUGUUUUCAAAUGUGCAAAAUCAUGAAAAUCUACUAAUUAAAAACAAAUUUAACGUUAGAAAUCUGAAUAAUUGUUUUCUUCAAUACCUCUGGAUUAUAUGAUUCAUUAUCGAUGUAGUUUUCGUCUUCCAUUGAAUGACCAGCAACAUUUGGCUGUUCGUCGAUUGCAGCGAGGUUAUCUACAAUGCCUGCCAAAAGUCUUGGAACACUUGCUACAAUUUACGUUGUUUCUUUAAUCUUUAAUCUACAUGUUUCUUUAAUUACUAGUCAGUGUUACAGCAGUCAAUACUUGGUUCGAUACCAUUUUUGGCUAUAAUUUUAAGACGAUCAUGCAUCGUUGCUACCGUACGAUCGAUGAUGGAGGAAUCGAAAUUGAAAAGUGUCUGCAAAGCCCUAACACGGAAUUCUUCGAAACUCUCUUUUUCGAUCUUCAAAUAUAAUGCUUCUUUUACCAACUGAGAUUUAACAUUAUUGAAAAUAUUUUCAAUCAAAUUCAAAUCGGGUGAUCUUGGGGGUAUUUCUAUGAGCUCUGCCCCUACAUCGUGUAACGCAUCGGUAGCGAGUUUGCUCCUCUGACUUGGAUCAUUGUCCAUUAAAAAAAUUAGCUUCUCUUUCUCCUUUGAUAUGGCACACUCAAUUAGUGUAGGAUGUAAAGUUUUGUGAACAAAUCUUGCAAAUCAUUCUGCAUUGAAUUUUUGAUAUUCUUCUGCAAUGACAACGCUGUUUGUGAACCCAACACCAACUAGAAGAUGGAGUCUCCGCCCUUCAGGUAAGCUUUUGGACCCCUUUGUGGUGUGCUUGAGACCUUCAUUGGAUCUUCUCCAAAUUCUCCCUCUUGGUGUUAAAGCGUCUCUAUAGGGGUUACGUUUGUAAACGAAAGAAACACCAUCCAAAUAGAGAAGGAAGUCGUCUGUCCAGAAUUUCCGAUCAUAUUUUUGAAUUGCUUGCCUGGCAUAACAUUGCCUCCUCCUUCUGUCUUUUUCUGACAGCAAACCUUUUUGUCGUGGUCGUAAGCAUCUAUAUCCAUUUUCGUUCAUUAAUCGCACCAGGGUUCUGUAACUGACUUUGGUUACACUGCAUUCUUUUGCAACAUCAUGUACAGUUACGUUGGCAUUUUCAUUCCUUAGCUGCUGGAAUGUCCUUAUGAAUCGCUGCUUUUCUCUUCUGCUCAUAAUUGGUGGUCGGCCUGUUAUCUUUUUUUGCUUUUUUAUGGCCAAAGCUUCCUUGCAUAUGCAAACAACACUUGACGGCGAUAUAUGACAUUUUUUCGAAAUUUCUCGAUAUGAUAAAGAGCCCUCAACUCGCAAAUAAUAUGCAUAGGCUCUCGUUUUUGAGUUGAUUUUGCCACUGAACACCAUUGCUUCUUCUCGAUUCUUGCUAAGGUUGCAAUUCGCAUGGACUUGAAUUUAUAUACAUUUCAUUUCAACACAAUUGCUUAUGAAUGCACGUCACUCUUUUUUGUUUUCUAAUCCAUUUGUUACUGAAAAAUCAAUGGAAGCUAACUGUGAAGUAUUUGACGUAAAUGACGGUCUUGGCCCUUUACGUAGGGAUGUGUCGAUUGGAAGAAAUAAACAAAGAGAAGGUGUAGCCUGUUUACUUAUUGUUUAUAUGUGUUGCGAGAGAGUUUCAUCUCCUGUUGAAUCGCUUUAAUAGAUGCCAUAAGAAACCGUAAACAAAUACAAAUUAUAACAUAAAGAUAAUGGAACCCCACUUGAAAUAGAGAAAAUGCAACCCCCUACCAUUAUCACAAUAAGGUGUUAAAAAACAGUUGUUUCGUCAUCGGCAAUGAAAUCAGCGCCCUCGAUUACCCUAUGUUCUGACAAAGUUGCGGGUUUAUGUCUUUCAGUUUGAUGUAUAAAAAUCAGACAAAGUCUUGCCUGCCACAAGUCUUGGAACACUUGCGACAAUUUAGGUUGUGCACGAGCUGCAACAUCCCCUCCCCCCUUGUACAAUGUUGUGCCACGGAAAUAUGAAUAAUCCUACAUGUACAAGUGAUACAUUUUUACAUAGCUAUGGUUUUCAGCUAGCGAAUCAACAUUAUAUGCGGGGGAAAGGGAGCAACACCCUCCUUGUUGACAUGGAAAUAGAAAGGAACACGCGAAUUCACAGAAAUCUCAGGGUGUUCCAAGGACUUUUGGCAGGCAUUGUAGGCCUAUGGUUGAAUCCGUGGUAGAAUUCCCUUUGGCUUUGCCCAAUGGGAUUGUUCUAGACCCUAGAACAAUAUAAACAAAUAAUACCUUAUUGCUCUCGUUCAAAAUCUGCUACAAAUACGACACAAAACAGUGCCUAACUUCUAAAUGCGGGUAGCUAAUUUUUAUUUAGGCCUGUAGGCCGAAAUGUUGUUGUAAAUCUAACCAUGAAAAGAAACACACCGCAAAUAGAUUAAUGAUCUUAUUUGGCCAGCAUUGAUGUAAAUAUUAAAUAAAUUCGAAUAUAUUUCAUCAGACGACUACCCUGGUAAAUCUAACAUUGGAGAAAAUAUCGUGGUUUCUAUAACCCCUACCUUUCUUCGCGUUCCGUCCGUCAUCAUUCCAUCUCUGUCUUUCGCCGUGUUGUUUGACUCUAAUAUGGUAGGAUACGGUACUACCCCAACUUCAUCAGUAAUAAGCCGUGGGCUUGUCCCUGGGAGCAAAAUUUUCCUAGUGAAACUGUCUAGGGUGAAGUGUGCAGAGCAGAUGACCGAAUGUUAAGAUGCUGUCCACUGAUCAGCCCGUUUCGAGUUGAUGAAGUCGAUCCAUCUCUUGCGUCUUCUUUUAGCCUCAGGGCGAUCAACGUUGUUAAACAGCACUGGAUGAAGUGCAAUACAUCGAUUCUUAUCGGGUAUGUUACUGCAAGUUGGUAAAAUGCACCUUGCCGGUGUCAUAUGCGUUUCGGUAACCUUAUGCAUUUCGGUCUGGGUACACAAACGCAUGGCAAUUUUGGUUAUGCAAAAAGGUACCCAAGCACUUAAACAAUAGGUAACCAAAACGAAUGGUAGAAUUUAGCAUGCAUUUCGGUCCGGGUACACAAACGCAUGGCAAUUUUGGUUAUGCAAAAAUGUACCCAAGCACUUAAAGAAGAGGUAACCAAAACGAAUGGUAGAAUUUAACAUGCAUUUUGAUCCGGGUACACAAACGCAUGGCAAUUUUGGUUAUGCAAAAAUGUACCCAAGCACUUAAAGAAGAGGUAACCAAAACGAAUGGUAGAAUUUAACAUGCAUUUCGGUCCGGGUACACAAACGCAUGGCAAUUUUGGUUAUGCAAAAAGGUACCCAAGCACUUAAACAAUAGGUAACCAAAACGAAUGGUAGAAUUUAGCAUGCAUUUCGGUCGGGGUACACAAACGCAUGGCAAUUUUGGUUAUGCAAAAAGAUACCCAAGCACUUAAAGAAGAGGUAACCAAAACGAAUGGUAGAAUUUAGCAUGCAUUUCGGUCCGGGUACACAAACGCAUGGCAAUUUUGGUUAUGCAAAAAGGUAUCCAAAGCACUUAAAGAAGAGGUAACCAAAAUGAAUGGUAGAAUUUAGCAUGCAUUUCGGUCCGGGUACACAAACGCAUGGCAAUUUUGGUUAUGCAAAAAGGUACCCAAAGCACUUAAAGAAGAGGUAACCAAAACGAAUGGUAGAAUUUAGCAUGCAUUUCGGUCCGGGUACACAAACGCAUGGCAAUUUUGGUUAUGCAAAAAGGUACCCAAUCACUUAAAGAAGAGGCAGCCAAAACGAAUGGUGGAAUUGGGCCUUUCUCUUUGAACUGCACUAAACCAAAAAAAACUAGUUUGUUUACGAAAAAGCUUAGUUGCAGACAUAAAUGCAAUUUGACGCAUGAACCCAGGUCAUAAUAAAAGGAUAGUGAAGAAAAUCUAGAAAAACUCGAUUCAAAAGGUAAUAAAUAUGUGAUUUAUAAAACAUCAGCAGGUAAUGUGAAAAAUUAAAAAGUAAAUUCAGAUUUUAAUUAAAACUCCAUCACGUGAAAACUGUUGAAUAUCUGAUGGCAGAAGUUCAUCUUUCACACUGGAAAGAUCGAUCUCGGAUCCUGUCACCGAAAUAUCGAUCGAGUGUAAGCAACUUUGUUUGACACAAUAAAAAUAAUUUCGUGCACCUUGGUGCCAUUUACCAUCGCGCUUGAGAUAGAAUGGUUUGGAGCUGUAGUGUCCGAUCAGAAAUCUUUGCAUUGCUUGCUGCUUUUCCUUGAAGGGGGCCCUGCAUGCUUCACACCUUUUGGCUCCUGUUUUUUUGCCAACCUUCAUCAUCAAAUAUCUAUAUUUGAUUUUAAUUUUUGAAGCUUUUGGUGUUGCUAGGACUUGUUGUGGAGAUCCUGGAGGACUCGGAUUUUCGAUUGCUUUUGCUACUGCAUGCACGAGCUCCGAAAUUCAAACAGCGCACUCGAAAUCUUCGUUGUCUUGGAGUUUCGUCUCUCCUUUGCACUUAGCAUGGAUCCAUCUUGGGCAUGACAUACAUUGUAGCUAGAAAAAAAUGCAAGUUUCUCGUUCAAAUUUGUUUUCUGAUUUUUACAAAAAUCUAUUAUGUGACGAAUGAAUAUUUGUAGUUAACUUUUGGUGGUCAAAAUAGAUAGGCGAUCAAAAAUAGACUUUUUCCCGUUAUUGUAUCGUCGGGUAAGUACAGAUGUAGAAAAUUCCCUUAUUUAACUGUAUUAUAUAAUUCUUUUGUUGAAUUGAUAGCCUUGAAGUCUAAAAAAAAUUACAGAAAAUUGCCCAGUCAAGUACUUACUGUAACAUCAUCACCUUCAUAAAAAGAGCAAACGCUGCACCAUCCAUUUUCUCUGCCAUCUGCAGUAUGAAAAAAAGGGUUGUGAAAAUUCUUUACAUGAAGAUCCAUUUGAAAAGCAGUCCGCUGGUCUGAAAGGGCUACAGUUUUAAAUGAAAAUGAAAAUUUUCAAACAAAAGCAACAAUUACAAAUCUAUACAAAGUAUUAUGCACAUGUUCAAACAUUUGCUGAUGUAGAAUAACUGUAUGAAAAAAAUCUUCAACGUUUUCACUUUCAUAUAUUUUUGCAAUUAAGUGAGAAAUAUCUCACCUGACGAUGCAACAAGUAAUUCUGCGAUUUCUUUAAGGUAUCUUUCCAUGUCCGCAGUUUUGUUUGCAAUGUUUGCGUGUCCUUUAGCAAUUAUCUGUUCUGCAAACUGAUAGCAAUACAGAUAAAUUUAUUUUUCCAUGAAUGAGUACCACAAACAGAAAAUUAAUUUUUUCAGACAGACAAAAAACAUACAGUCUUCUAAAAUUAAGUGAAAAUUUAUUGAGCUAAACUCGCCUAGACUAACAGGUACCAUUCAAAUUUGCUAUACUUCUUCUUUAUCCUUAAUACUUUUUGAUACAAACACAAAGCAUACCUUCAUUGUGUAGACACCGCAGUUAAAUCCAUCAGUUUGUUUUGGAUGCGAUAGCGCUACGUAUCUCCACGCAAUUGUCAGUGCGUUGAGAUAUGCCACCCUGUUUCGCCAGAAUUAUCUAAACAAAUAAUUACAGUAGAAAUAUAGUCAUUUAGGCAUAGAAAGAGCCUUAUCAAAUUCAUUAUGCAGCAAUUUAAAAAUAAGCUAUACAGUCAAAUAAAUAAUAUAUGGGUAUAUUCUCCAUACUUCCAGUUCUUCAUGAGUGUUGCCACCUGACUUUGAAGCUCACCAAAUGAAUUAAGGAACAUUAAUGCUCCUUCUUUGGGCUUCACCAUCUGCAAACAGAAUAGAGAUUAUAGAGAUUAGUGAUUAAACCGCUUUGUCGUGGAAGUUAGAUGAACAAGACGACUUGCAUGUAAAAAUUCAGGAAGACGAAACUGCGAAUUUUUUCAGACGACUUACAACUAGAGUCCAAUGACAUGAAUUCACGUUAUUUCCACCAACCACAAAGUCGUAAUCCUCAAUUUUUACCUUUAAGAAAAAAUCUGUGAGUGUAUUUCCGAAAAGCAACAAAAAUAUUCGAAACUCAUUGAUGUAUUUUAUUAUUCAUCUAUUAUUUUGCUGAAGAGGGGCCUAAAUUUUCUCUGACAAGCUGAGCUUUCGUCGUCAAGGCUGAGAGUAUUUGUCAUAUUUUUCUACUUAAAUUCACACGAUGUAGUGAAUGUAAUCAAACAAAGGAAAUCUUUUUUUAUGAUCCAGAGUAAACUAAUCUCAUUUUCAUUUAAGCAAUUCGUGUUUCUGAUUGGCCUAUUUCAGUCCACAACUGGGUAUUUUUAUUUCCUAGCGUAAAGUUUUCGAUCUAUGUUCUGACGUUUUAUACUCUGAAGAGUGUACUCUGAAGUUAGUUUACUAAAAUGUUUGCUUUUUUCAAAGCCAUUUUUAAUUUUGGUACUACCAAAAGAUUGUUUGAAUUCUUACCUUCCUUAGCUUUUGCUUGUAGCACAGUCCAUUGCAAAUUUCGGACAUGAUGCAGGAGCCAAUGACCAAAAUCUUUGUCUGUGAAAAUUUCCUUUAUUAUUAAUUUUUGCUUGCCCAGAUAGAUUUACGAAACAUGUCUAGUAGCAAUUUUUAAGCCUCUUUUUUACGUUUCUUUAUGAAUAACCGUUAAAGAUAAAGGCUUUUACACUGCAUAAAGCAAUAACAUCAUCAAAAUUUUGAACUGCUUUUUAAAAAUUUGCAGAGUCAUCAGAAAAUUAGUUCCAGGUAGUUAUGCACUUUAUACUUACAUUUUGGUUGCUGUAUAGCCUCGACAGAAGAACCAAAUACACGUCUAUCACCUAUAAGAUAAAAACACAGCUGGCUGCUAAUUGUUUCUGUAACAUCGUUUUCUCACAUUUGGCAACAUCUUAUAUCAUAGCCACUAAUUUUUCGAUUGAAAUGAAGUCAAAAAUUCCUAGUAGCUACAGGCUUUGCAAUCACAUAAUAUAUACCAUAAUAAAAUUUAUAAAAGUUUGUUUCUAUAUAUAUUUCCAUUCAUAAAGUGUAAAUUUUGCCCAGAACUCAUGUAAAGUAAAGCAUUUGUUUACACAGAUCAAGGUUUUUUUUGAGCAGUUAAAAAGCACUAUUUAGUGCAAAACCUGUGAAAGGAACUUUUUAAUUUUAAAAAAACUUUUCUCAUUAAAAAACGUAAAAUUCCAAUAAAUUAUUUGAAUUGUACUUACCUCAUCUGAAAGGUAUGAUUCGCCCUUCAGCUCUAGGAUUCGGUUAUCACUGAGGCUUAUACCAUUGAUGUUGCUUACGCAAUAUCCAACACCGCUACAUUCCCAUAUGGUGUCAACGACUAGAAAUAAUCACAAAAUAUUAUGUUGAGCUGGGUUACAACAUCCAAAAUAGAUGGCUAAAAUUUUAUUAAAAGGUAAAAGUAUCUAGUACUAAUUGUAACACCCAAGAACACUUGUUUAAACAUAACAGGUUGGAAAAAAGAAGAGAUAAUUGAAAUUGUCACUGUUAGGAGAGCAAGCAAUUCUUACCAGCGUUGGGAGGCAAUUCCUGUUUUCGUAGUGCCUUGUCAGAUUGUCGUAGGUGGACACGUGGGUCGUCAUCUUCUAUCGAAAUCACGUGCGAUUUUGUGACAAACAACGAAGAUACCUUGAAUGCAUACGCCUCCCCAUUAUCUUCCUCAUUCGUCUGGCUGACAACUAUAGGCCCUCAUCUUCCUUUUUAGGCUCGGUUCUGGAAACUAUAGGCGAAGAUUGCGCAUUCAUUUCUGGAUAACCUUUGAGGUAAUGCUCGAACUGUUCCUGAUUUGGCAACAUGCUAUCAUCUUCACAGAAACCAGUCACAUUAGUAUUAUCUGCAAAAGCAAUUUCAGAAUCAUCAUUCUCGUGAAUUCUUGAUUUGCUCUUUUCCUUCAUGUCCCGAUCUACAAUCUCUUCAGCCUCAUUCUCACCUUCAUCGACAGUAGGAUUUGGCACCAGAUUAUUUGUGUUAUCUUCCGCGUUAGGCCUCGUCUCAGUUUUACUUUCGGUUUUUUCUUCUUCGAAAAUCCAAGGUUUUAGGUGCUUUAUGUUUUUUUUCACUUUUUUACCAUCAAGGAAGACAUGCUUUGAUCCAACAAUCUCCGAAAUGGUAUACGGUCCUGUCCAUUUCUUGGCAAGCUUGUCUCCUUUGCGGGUGGUUUGACGAGCAGUGAACAGCAGCACCUUUUCACCAACAGAAAAUGUAAUGGCCUUCUUUCCACCAGGAAGUCUUUUUUUCUGUAGUACUUUUUUUGCUUCUCUUGUGAAAUCUUGAUGUUUUUUUUGCAAUCUCAUCUUUCUUUCCUUUCACGUCAUUUAUCUUGUUGACGAAGGCAACAAUGUCAUCUUCUAAUGGGAGCUGUAUUCUCUUCUGCAAAGAGACAUUGUUGUCGUUAAUAGAUGCAAUCACUAAUUUGCUUCAGCAUUCAAGUGUCUAAUAAAGCAGAAAAUUUGAUGCAAAUAAUAAUGAAUAAUCAUAGUGCAUAGUUAUUUUGGGAAGUUAAGCCCUCUUAGCUAAGGGUGUGACACCCCCAAACAGCCCCACCCCUACCCGCUACGCCCCUGAAUAUAUUAGACCAUGCUGGACAUUUGAAGUUCACCUGUUUUGAGUUCAAUCAAUGUUCAGUGAUACUAAACAUGAGUCAAAAACAGAUUGCUGUAUUCUCUUCCAAUAAGGCCAAUUUACAAAACUAUAAAAAUUGACUUAUGCUCUUAAAUAAUCUAACUGAAAAACUAGAAAACAGAUACCUCAGAUAUAUCACUAACGAACUCCGUAGUUUCGAUUGGUCGCAGGGCUUCUCCGCCAUGCAUCAAUUGAAAAGGAGAAAAUUUUGUGGUAGAGCUUUUUGUUGUUCUGAUUGAAAACAGUAUUGGGUCAAUAAGCUCGACCCAAUGAUCAAGGGACUCCUCCUCUGAAAGAAGCUUCUCUAAACGCCUUUAAGUAAAUUAAAAAUAUAGAUUCAAAAGUGAAUUAAUAGAGUUUAUGAUCCUCAAAAAUAAGCAUUUUACUCCAGAAAAUAUUUUAUUGAUAGAAAAACAAGUUAACAUUAUAAAACUCCACUUUAAAUACCGUAAAAGCUCUAUUAAGGCCCCGUGCUCUUUUGUUCUUAACUUUUUAGGGUGUAAGCAAUGCGAUUGCUAGGGAGGUAUGCAGGCCUCAUUUGCCAACAAAGUGAGUGAGACAACCUUCAUUUGCCAACAAGUUUGAAUAUUCAUUGAAAAAGCACCCACACAUGGCUUAAAAUUCUCGUUUUUGAGAACGUUGUUCGAAAUUGUUUAAUUUGUUUUUAACUUUUGACCAAUUUUCUAUUGAGGCUCGUGUUCUAUGAAAUUGUUCUUCUAAAAAAGAGUUUUUUCGACAACAAAGAGGGCACCAAGAUCAGGAGUAUUAAAAUCACAACAUGCUGCAUAAUAAAUCAACUCUAUACCUUUUUAUAUUCUGAUUUGUCCUUUCGUCUAAACCAUUUGUCUGCGGAUGGUAUGCUGCCGUCAUCUUGUGAUUAACGCCAAGAAUUUGGUAAAACUCUUUGUUCAACUAGUAAAAAAGAAAUAGCCAUUUCUUGAUUUUUAUUCAGCCUACCGAUCUCUAUUGGCGUAAAUGUAGAAAAUAAUACACGAUGUCCGCUUUUAAGAGGUAUUAUUGUGGAAAAAAGGAUUUGGGAACGAUGUCAGAACUCCAGCAAUAACAACAGAAGCAUAAAAAUAUAAAAUAUAAAUGUACAUAUCUAAUCAUAAGGCGAAGGCUGACAAGAGGAAAAUCUUUCCACAAGGGUGCUACCCAAUUAUAUCGAACCACUCUUGGUGGAAAUCGAACUCCAGUUUGCUGCUUCAAAAACCCCCACUCAUUCCACUGAGCCAAAGGGCCCAAUAUAUAUAUAUAUUUAUGUUUAUAUAUAUUUAUAUAUAUAUAUAUACCUCCUGACUGAACAUCUCCUGAAGAGUGAGUUACUCACGAAACAGGCUUGUAGACAUAAACCAUGUAGUUUUACUUUCUUCAAUCUAUGAUAUAUAACGCUCUACGUGCUAACGUAUUGAGCAAUGUGCUACGGAAGUAUCAAAAGAUAAAUUUCUAUAUAUAUUCAGUCUUUGUAAUAUGAGGCGUGCAAUCGCACGCGCACACCUCCACACACGCACAAAUUGUCUGAGGCGUGCUAAUCAUCGCACG